AUGGACUCACACAAACAACUUUUCUUCCUAGGGCUGGAAGCAGAGGCUAGUCGACAUGUGAAAUAUGAUUCAAAAGAAUUGUUCGUUUUUGGGGACUCGUAUGUUGAUACUGGCAACACCAAUAAAAAUAAACCCGGUUCAUGGAAAGACCCUUAUGGCAUAACCUUUCCUCAAAAACCCGCCGGAAGAUUCUCCGAUGGCAGAGUUUUAACCGACUUUAUUGCCAAGUAUUUGGGAAUAAGGUCACCAAUCCCAUACAAAUUCAGGAAAAUAGUCCCUAAACAUUAUUUAAAGUAUGGGAUGAACUUUGCAUAUGGUGGUACAGGUGUAUUUGAUACAUUGUCUUCAGGCCCAAAUGUAACAGCCCAAAUUGAUUCCUUGAAACAACUCAUCCAAGAUAAUGUCUACACUGUCCAAGAUCUCACCAAUUCUAUUGCUUAUGUCUCUGUUGCUGGAAAUGACUACAAUUUUUACUUGGCCACAAAUGGCUCUCUCCCGGGCUUCCCAUCAUUCAUUGCCUCAUUGGUUAAACAAAUCACAACUGAUUUGAUUAAUCUCCAAACCUUGGGAUUUAAGAAAAUUGUUGUAGGUGGUUUACAACCCCUUGGUUGUCUACCUCAAACCACAGCUCCAACUUCAUUCCAACGUUGCAAUAGUACAUUUAAUAACCUCGUAGCACUUCACAACAAUCUAUUAAACCAAUCCGUCACAAAAUUGAACCAACAAUUCAAAGAUCACACCACAUUCGCAAUUCUCGACAUCUUCGAUAGUUUCGUGUCGGUGUUGAACCACACUUCAAACCAUAAAAACAUCAAAGAACGUUUGAAACCAUGUUGCUUUGGAGUAAGUAGUAAGUACAAUUGUGGAAGUGUAGAUGAAAAUAAUGUUAAGAAAUAUUUGGUUUGUGAAAAUCCUGAAUCCAAUUUCUUUUGGGAUUUGUUGCACCCAACACAAGCUGGUUGGAAUGCUGUGUAUGAUGAGUUGAAGAUGAAAGGUCUUCAUCAAAUUUUCUAUUAGAGCUAUGUUGGAUUGUGCCAUGUAUUUGUAGCAUUUUCAAUAUUGGUUAAUAAGGCACCCCUUCUUUUUACUAAUUUGUUCAUUUAUCUUUGAAUUUGAUUUGUUUAUAACUAUUCCAUGUCAUUUCAUUUUAAAGGGUGCAAUGUGUAAAUUGUUUUUUUUCUU